AUGUCUCAACAAGGUGCUGCAUUACAAAACUAUAACAAUGAAUUAGUUAAAUGUAUUGAAGAUUUAUGUGCGAAACGUGAUGAAUUACAACGACAAAUUUUAAUUGAAGAAGAAGAUAAACAUAAACUUGAAAAUGAUAUACGUUUAUCAAGUGAAAAAUUAUGUAAAAUCAAUGAAAAUUUAGCAAAAAAAAUAACAGCAAGAACAGAAUUUGAUCGAACAAUAAGUGAAACUGAAGCUGCUUAUAUGAAAAUUCUUGAAAGUUCACAAACACUUCUUAAUGUACUCAAACGAGAAUCACAUUCACUUCGUACUAAAGUUGAUGAAUAA